GCCUGGGCACCCGGCUGCCCGCUGGACCAGAGGAGCAGAUGUGCUGGGUGUGGAGGGACUAGCUCUCUUCUCAAUGGAAAGAAACGCUGCUGUUAGGUCCCUGCUGCUUUUUUUGUAUGUGGGAUUUGUGGUGCCUGUGAAGCAAACCAUUGCGACAGUGGAUGGCAGUUUGCGUGCAUUUGCAGAUCAAGAUUCUCUGCAAAGAAAUGGUCGACGUUAUGAUGGUGGCGUGAAGCCAAAAUUUAAUGUAAACCAAGUAGCAAUUACACAGGUUGUCAGCUACAACUUGAGCGGGAAAGAACAGUGGGAAAGAGCAACCUGGAGGCCGUUCACCCACAGUCCUCUCAACGUCACCGUUAAUGGCAUCCCCUGCAUUCUUUUCUGGGCCAAGAGGAUUGUGAUUAAGUUUGAAAAUCACACGCAGCUGGAUUUGACAGAGAAGACAUUUGGCGUCCAUGCAACAGUGGAUGUUGGAGAUUCAAACUGCAGUGAAGACAAUGCAAUGCUUUCUCUGAAGUUUGGUGACAUUGGCAAUCUAAAGGGACUUGUUAUUAGAUUCUUACUAACAACCAGCUAUUAUCAGCUGUCUGUUCAGAACUGGUUCAGUUUACACAGACUACAACUUCUUUACAACCACUCCAUACAAGCGACCUUUAAUGCAACCAGAAUAUAUGCACCGGCAAGUUACUCCUACCACUGUGAACAUGUGAGCAGCUUGCAGAGAUACGAUGCACUCCUCAUACCCAGCUCAGCAAAUGAUCUUUCAAAGCUUUGGGAAGUCACUUUUAUUGAUUUCCAGAUUCAAGGCUUCAACAUUCAAGAAGGACAUUUUGCCUAUGCAAAAGACUGUGCAUCCUUUUUCUCUCCAGCAAUACUCAUGGGGCUCGUUAUGUCACUGAUUCUGCUGCUGGUUCUUGCCUAUGCUCUUCAUAUGCUGAUCCACCUGAAAUCUCUUGACAGGCACUAUGAAUGCAAAGCUUCUCCUGCCUAUUUUGCACAGAUGAAGGACAAUGACAUGGGAGAUGAGAAGGAGCCACUGAGAAGCAGUGGAAAUGAGUCCUAUGAACUUAGAAACCAACAGUUCCACAAAAUCUAUAUUUAGCAGUACGCAUCUGUCUCAGUGAAACAAGUGGUAUUUUCUUCUGCUGGCACCGUCGUAUGUAGUUUGUGCAGAUUCUUCACUAACUGAUGAAAGGAAAAGUAGGUAAUGGACUGUUUAGCCAGUUACUGUCUGUUUUUUAUUGAUAACCACCAACUCAAAGAUGCCUUGGGAAAUGAGAGAAAAAAAAAAUCUAUUGUGAGUAAGAGAUUUCAUGUUGUGGGAGAUUCCUGUAGUAAUAAACCAAAAUUCAUAGCUUUUCAUCCAGCUUACCAAGUCUUGAAGAGAGAAUCAGUAAUGGAGACUUUGAAACUAAAUAAAGAUACAAAAACU